AUGCCCGUCUACCACAUCGUUCUCUUUCGCCUCAAGCAAGGCGUGACACCAGCUCAACUGAGUGUCUGGACUCAAAAGGCCAAGGGUAUGGUUGGCAAGAUUCCAGGACUGGUCUCGAUGGAAUGCGGGCAGCCUCUUCCUAUCUGUCUCCCUCGUGCACAGGGAUUCGAUAUGGGUCUUGUGGCGGUUCUGGAGAAGCCGGAGCAUGUUGCUUCUUAUGCCGUGCAUCCGGCUCAUUUGGAAGUUCACAAGAUGAGAGAGGAGCUAUGCGAUGAUACUUUGGCCUAUGAUUUGGAGUUCUAG